AUGAGGAAUUUCAAAGCUGGAUUCCGUUGGCUGUACAACCAAAUAUAUGCCUAUAAUCUCUUUUCACCUGAAGAACAGGAGCAUAGCAACGAGGACAACAGUAAUCAAACAAUUUCUGAGAAACAGCAAAAAUACACGACAUGGCUGUACAUCGUUUUCCUAUUCGUCUCUCUCUAUGUUCUGUUUUAUAUGGCUUUGAUAAAACCACAAGAAGAACCCGUUGUUGUCCUUGGGAUAACUCCAACCAUCUUCAAAAAUCUGAAUAAUAAAUAUCGCGACACUCUCUCUUGCCCAUGUUCAACAAUUACAAUGCGAUAUGAUGCUAUUCUUUCUCAUAAUAUCGAAUUUCAUCCCAUCUGUUCGAGCAUUUUUAUUAGUCGACAAUGGAUUGAAGCAUUGUAUUUAACCAAUGCUAGCCGAUACCCUAUGGCAGAUUUUCGUAAAACUGCCAGUCGUCAGUUUCACCUUUUAUCCAGUCUGUGCUCGCUUUCUAUGGAUGCGAUUCUAAAAGCGAAGACAGAUGUUGAUAGCAAGGAGCUUAUCAGUAAAUAUAUUCAGACUGAAAUACAGGUUGCAUCUGAAGUAAAUGCAGUGGUUGAUUCAUUGAGAGACAGCGUUUCUCUUCAAUUGGUUUCAUUUCUCAACUAUCUACAUAUGACUGAUGUCGGCAAUUAUUUAAUCUCAGCUUUGAAUACGAACGCAGUUUUUAAAUUUCUAGUUGAAUCCAAUCGCAUUCGGACUGCGGCAGAAGGAAUGAAUUACUGUUUUGAGGCGAAUAAUGGAGCAGGUUGCAACAUGUGUGGCAGUGUGAAUCACGCUAGCGCAGCAAUUUUCGUGCCAUCAUUCCACUAUAACGAGUCUCAUCUUUACUCUUCUUGGACAGAUCCUCUUUUAAGUUCAACGUUUGUCGAUGGAUUCUUUAUCGCAUGUACCCCUUUUCAAGCAAUUCUUCGUAGCACAUUAGAUUGCUUAUACAAUGUCACAUGUAUUGAUUUAUUAACGGAAUAUUUUCCCAAACUUUCACAAAUAUCUCGCAACUGGAACGAUCAUAUUCUCACAUCAAAACAAGCGAAUCGCUCUGUCGUUGAUCAUUUGAAUAAUCUGUUUGUAGAAAACUGGAACAAACAAUUGAACUAUUCACAAUAUUUUGCUAAAUGUUCUCCUGCAUCUUGUUCGUAUACAACAACAAAUCGAAGAAAUGUAUAUCAUGCAAUCACGCUUUUGGUUAGUCUUUACGGUGGCCUGAUUAUCGUACUUCGUACGGCGGCUCACUUAUUUACAAAUAUUGUAUUCAAAUUCUAUAACUGGUGUUCAAGAAGUACCAUACGUUUUUCCUACAAAAUACAUCUGCGAACACCUGUUCGAUCAUUUCAGCAACUAAACCUAUUUUCAACAAUCUAUCAAAGAACAGAAGAGGACAUCAAACGACAAAAAAUUAUCACACGUACUUAUUUGACAUUACUCUGCGUCGCAUUACUUGUUCUUAUACUUUUCAAUUCAUUGGCUACUCAAACAUUUACCAUAACUGUCACAAAUCCAUCACUAGACAUGUACACCAACCUGCGGGACUCCCAUUCCGAUACACUAAAAUGUCCAUGCUCGACGUUGCAAAUUCCUUAUAAAAGCUUCGUCACAUUGAGUCCCACUUUACAUCAGAUAUGUUCGAGUAAUUUUGUUGAUUCUCGUUGGCUGGUCAUAUUAUCAACAAUCGAAAUAACUGUCGGUCUAACCGAUUGGCGUGGUCGCGCCCGAUCACAAUUUCAACUACUGCAAAAUAUUUGCCAAUUUGCUAACACGACGAUUCAAGACAUGACGCAACGCUUUAUGUUACAACUGUUUGUAACAUCGGAUCUGUUGAUCGAAAGCGACUUCAUAGUUGAGAUGGAAAAAAAUUUCAAACAAUUCUUUUCAUUGAACAAUUCAUAUUUCAACCUUUUGACUGAAACCUCAAAUCUUCUUACCCAGAUCACACUUCCAUUAAUUGGAACUUAUGACGUAGAAUCAAACGAAAUGAAUUGUAUUUGUAUGACAAAUCCUCACUGUCAAAGUCCAGUAGUUAUUCGCGACUUUGGUGAUGACUUGGGAUUUGAAUACACAUUUGAUGCUGUUUACUUUAUGCCGGGAUGGGUCGGACGAUGUUCAGCUAUAGAAUCUCUUCUAUUCUCGACACUGGAAUGCUUUUAUUCUGAUUCAGAUUGCUAUUAUCUGCUGAUGCGUUAUGUUGAAUACAAGUACGAACGAAAUGAUAAUGAAGUAUCGAAUUUCUAUACUCGCCCUCUCGUUUAUCAUCCAACGCUGACUCGUUUCCCACCGAACACUCGAAUUACAACACUCGUCGAAAAUCUUAUGAUCGAACAUUGGAAUCGAACAUUUUCAUAUAAAAACUAUUAUGAAAGUUGUGCGCCGAUGGUCUUCAUGGGAGGUCUCAAUUUAUCACUACGGUUUAUCACACCUUAUCUUAUUAGUUUCAUCUUAUACCUGUUUCGACUAGUUUAUCGAGAACCAACACAAGUAGAAGCUCAAGUUCGUGUAACUUGCUGCAGUAGAAUGAGACAGAUAUUUAAACGUGUAUACCUCGAAUUAAUCAAUUUAAACAUAUUUUGUAAGCGUGAUUUUGGUCACAGUAUUAAUCAAGAAAUCGCUAAACGUCUCGGACGAUGGGCUACGCGAAUCUAUAUCCUUCUACUUAUCUUCGGUUUUGUGAUUCUCGCUGUAUAUACUGUUAUUAAACCUGUAUCUAUAACAAAAACUUUCCCAAAUCCAUCUUUGGAUACAUACGAUAAACUCAGAUCGGUUUACGGUGAUCAACUGCAAUGUUCGUGUUCAUUUGUUUCCUUAGUUCAUCGACAGUUCAUUGAAGUGCAACCGAAGUUUCACCAGAUUUGCUCAAGUGUGUUUGUUUCAGAUGAAUUUCGAAAGAAUUUAGUAUCUGGACUCGGACCAAAUCUGUUCGUUUAUGAGCGUAAAGACUAUCGCCGUUUUAUUCUCGCUCAUAUGCAUUUUCUCUCUGGAUUGUGUCAUCUUUCGAGAAAAUCAGUUAACAGCUCCGUUGGACAAUUCCUCUCUUCAUUAAUGGUGACGGCACGCAUGCUAUCACGAGUAAGUUUCCAUCAACGUCUUAAUUCACGCAUACAACAACUAAAAAGCACGGCUCCAAACAUACUUUCUCAAAUUCUUUUCCUGAUAAGAUUUACACAUCUUGGAAAUAGUAUCGUAUCAACCUAUGGAACAAAUUUUCACUACCUUCCCACCGAAUGGGAGCAAAAGAAUAAGGUUAUCUACAUUGCAAGCGAAUCUUUAAUCUAUGAUAAUCAAUGUUCCUGUGGAUUGUCUUCUAAUUGUACCAGCCAAGGUUAUUUGCAAGGUUUAAAAAUUGGAUGCAUACCGAGUGAAUCGUUCCGUAGUUCCACCAUUGAGUGUUUCUAUAACUCAUCAUGCCUUCAAUAUAUUCAAGAAUAUACUAACUUUACAUUUUCGAAGACUUUAUCGUCAACAGAGAGUCGUUUCUCAGCACAAGCGACAAUUCAUGAGCUAAGUGACAAUUUAUUUAUCGAAGACUGGAACAUAACAGUGAACUAUUCAUUGUAUUACAGAGCGUGUUUGCCCUCAUUAUGCUCAUACACAUAUACAAGACGAGUCAAUCUUUUGUAUUUCAUAGCUCUGUUACUUGCCCUUCAAGGUGGAUUAUCAAUUGUUCUUAAAAUAGCGUGUCCAUGGAUUAUUCGAAUUGUUUUUAAAAUCUAUAAACGUUAUCAAAGACGUAGAAAUAGGAUUGAACCUAUGGAGUCUUCUCGAAGAGCAACAACUGAAGUUAUUCCAUCACAUCAAUAUUCUAAGAAAAUCAUUUGGAUCUGUUUUCUCCUUAUAAUUAUCACCAUAUCUCUCAUUGUUUUUUCUUUUUUCAUUCUGUCUCAGAGUUAUACAACAUCAACGGUGAUCGUCAACAUCAUGAAUACCACGUCAGUCAUAGAAAUUACAGUAUCAACUCGCGCGAAAUGUCUGUUGAAAUUCCAACAAAUAUCAAAGUAUCAAGGUAGUUUCUAUGGACAUCUACAGUCGCACGUCAUGGCGGAUUUCGACUACAACGGUCAACUCGAUUUCGCUUACUUUGACGACGAUAGCCAUAGCAUCGUCGUACGAUUCGGUGACGGUGCUGGAUAUUUUGACGACGUAAGAGAAUCUUUUGUACAGUUAGACGAAAUUGUAACAGGCAUGAUUGCUGCUAAUUUAAAUGAUGAUGAUCAAUUAGAUCUUGUUUUAUUGCACGAUAAUGUGGACCUGAUAAGUAUCUUCAUUGGAACAGCUAAUGGGGCCUUCGAAAGAUUAAUAACAUUGACCACGACACAUCGAACUUUUCCGGUAUAUGUUACUGUCGCCCACCUAAAUAACGACGGUUAUCUAGAUAUUGCCGUCGCCAAUCCUCUAAAUAGUAAUAUUGGUAUAUUCUUUGGAAAUGGCAAUAUGACUUUCUCUGCAGAAGAGCUAAUUUCUACUGGUAGUGAGAGUUGGCCUGUUUCAUUAGCCGUUCUCUUUUACGACAAAGACAACUACCGAGAUAUUCUUGUCCUCAAUUCCGAUACACAAUAUGUCAGUCUAUUGGUGGGAGAUGGUAUUGGCAAUUUCCAACCACGGAAGCCAUUUUUUGCAAAAGCUGGUCAACAUCCGUCGACGAUGACGAUUGUCAAGUUCGAUAAUGAUACGCGACCUGAUGUUGUCCUGACGCAUGACCGCACAAACAAGAUAACGAUUAUGUCUGAACAUGGUAAUCGAACUUUGGGCGCGGCAAAAAACUAUUUUGUUCAAGGUGGUGACAGAAUUUCUUCGAUUGCCAUAACUGACUUUGAUAACGAUGGAUAUUUAGACAUUGGAGUCGGUCAAAGCGCACCUUUUGGUGUAUCAAUUUUGUUCGGUCAACCAGAUGGAAAUUUUCAUAAGCAACAAACAGUAUUUUCGUCCGAAAUUACGACUGCAUUUGCCUUGAUUGUCGCCAGCGAUCUUGAUAAUGACGGAUACUCAGACAUUAUUGUCACAGAAGAGAAAUCUGGAACUAUGAACAUUCUUUUAAAUAAAUGCAAUUAA